AUGGAGCUUAACGUAGUGCAAGCCAUGGCAGCUGUCCUCAUGGUGCUAGUAACCACGAGAGCGCUAUGGUAUCUGCUUUGGAGGCCGUAUGCCGUGGCCAGGUGGUUCCGACGGCAGGGCAUCAGAGGUCCGCCUUACAAUCUCCUGGUUGGGUCCCUGCCGGAGUGCCAGAAGAUGAUUGUCGCCGGGAGAGCCAAGGAUCUGGACACCAUCUCCCACGACUGCAUCACUACCGUGCAACCCUUCUUCCAGAAAUGGGCCUCCAUGUAUGGGAAAACAUUCCUAUACUGGCUGGGGCCGACACCAGCACUGUGCUCUACGGACAUGGAGCUGGUGAAGAAAGUGUUAACCGACAGGACGGACAUGUUCCAAAAAGACUACUCAAAUCCUAGCCUGGAAGCGGUUCUGGGGAAUGGGGUUGUAUUUGCAAACGGACACGACUGGAAGCGGCGGCGCAAAUUCAUCCACCCGGCUUUCAACCAAGAGAAGAUCAAGUCCAUGUCAGCAAUAACGUUGGAGUGCACACAGCAGACAAUGGAACGGUGGCGCAACAGGCAGCAAGCCGAGAUAGACAUGAUGCACGACUCCGACGAGAUAGCCAUGAGUGUCAUUGCGAGAGUGAUGUUGGGCAAGUGCUACAAGGAGGCCUGGGAGGUGUUCAUCGCCGGAAAGGAGCAGCUGAAGCUAGCUACUUAUGCGUUUGCGGAUCCUCCGGUACCUGGAUUAUGGUACCUGCCAACACGUCGCAACCGUCGGGCAUGGUAUCUUGACAAGCUUGUGAAACAUAAGAUCUCACAGAUCAUAGAGGCGCGACUCGCUAGCGGCGUCUACGAAGAUGACCUGCUCGGGCAGAUGCUGCAGCUGCAGCUGCAAACAUGUAGCAGCGGCAGCACCGAGACCCUGAGCACCGAGGAGAUGGUUGGCGAGUGCAGGACUUUCUUCGCGGCUGGGUACGAAACCAGUGCCAGCCUCAUUACCUGGGCGAUGUUCCUGCUCGCCAGCUACCCACGGUGGCAGGAGAUGGUCAGGGAGGAGGUCGUCCGGGAAUAUCCCGCUCACCGGUUACCCAUAGGUGACGCCCUCGGCAAGUUGAAGCUGCUUAACAUGUUGCUCUUGGAGACACUGAGGCUCUAUGGCCCCAUAGCUUUCCUCCAGAGGAAGACUGCCUCAGACACUAUCCUAACGCACGUGAAGGUGCCGAAAGGAACGAUGAUAACAAUACCAUUAGUUUUGUUGCACCGGGACAAGGAGAUUUGGGGACCCGACGCGGACGAGUUUAAUCCGAUGAGGUUCCAGAAUGGCUUAUCGAGAGCCGCCAAGCAUUCACACGCGCUGCUGGCCUUCUCAUUCGGGCCGAGGGUUUGUGCCGGGCAAAACUUCGCCAUGGUUGAGGUGCAGAUUGUGAUAGCGACCAUCAUCAAGAGUUUCUCCUUCACCCUGUCCCCCACUUACGUGCACAAGCCCAGCAAUUUCAUCACGCUGAUGCCCAAGUACGGGCUCCCUCUCAUUGUGAGGAAUCUGCAGCUGACUGCAUGA